GCUUGCUGAAAUCACCGGAAUUUAACGCUUCGCAAGUGGUGCAAGCGAACGCCAUGUACGGCAGCUUCCGCCGCAUUUGCAGCUCUGGUGCUCUUGGUGUCGCGGCAGGUGUCCUAGCACUCCGUGCUCGCCGCGUUACCUUUGCUAUGCCAGAGCCAGCAGCACGCUUUGGAGUCGUCGCAGAUGUGCAGUAUGCUGAUGUUGAUGAUGGCUGGAACUUCCGACACACGCAGAAGCGGCGCUACCGUGGUGCUCUGGACGCCUUGAAGAUGGCAGUGGAGGACUGGAAGAAAGGACCUCCACUUGUGUUCAUUGCUGACCUUGGGGACAUCAUAGAUCAGCAGUGUGAGACUAACAAUGACUCCGAAAGAGCACUUCAAUUGGUCCUAGAUGCUUGGAAGGAUGCGCCUGCAGAAGUCUUCCAUCUCAUGGGGAACCACGAACUGUACAACUUCAACCGGGAAGAAGCGAAAACGCUCAUUCCCAAUAUUUUUCCUUGGUAUCGAAACCUACGCCUCGUGCCUGGCUGGCGCUUCAUAAUAUUGGAUUCCUACGAGCUGAACGUCAUAGAGAAAGGUGGUGGGUCCUCUGUGGAGGAGGGCAUCGCUUACUUCAAGCAACACAACCCCAACGAUCUGCAAGCCCCACGAGGGACAAUCGACAUGGGUGCAGGCCUUUCUGGUUUACAGAAACGGUUUGUACCCAUGGGUGGUGGCAUGAAGUCGCAGCAGUUGGCAUGGCUGCGCCAGGAGUUGGAAGAUGUAGCUGCGGCUGGCGAGCGAGCUAUUGUGUUGACGCAUUUACCAUGCGCGCCACAAGCAACCGUGCCACCAGCAUUGCUUUGGAACUACGAUGAACUGCUGGCCGUUUUGCGAGAAUUUGCAGGGCUGGUGCCCUUGGUCUUAGCAGGCCACUACCACGAUGGCGGCUAUGCCUUCGACACUGAAAGCCUGACACAUCACAGGCAAAGCAGCACCAAGGUCAUGGCAGUUGCCACCGCCAGCUGGCACUGCUACAGAGAACGAGUGCUGGCCAGAGUACGGCGCCAAUGUACAAAACAGAUUGGGGGCUUUGGAAAGGCGCUGAUGUUCCACUCUCCCGACAGCGUGCCCAGGAAUUUCGUUCAGUUUGGCUAUCGCAGCACCAUUUGUGGUACUAUUUGCGACUACUCAUGGCUGGUUCUGCCCUUGGCGGGCUAUUUGGUCAUGAUUUGGGGCUGCUACAUUGCCUAUGUUAUCUCCGAUGGCAUUCCUUUUCCACCAGGGGUUGACUAUUGGAAGGAGACCUUCGGUUCGUGGAACGGCCUCAUGUUGCCCUGGUGCGUUUGGUUUACCAUCGUUCACAUCACAGCAGGAGUGGCUUCCAAGUUCUACACGGCCAUGAGCGCACACUCCAUGCUGCCAUGUGUCUCCAUGGAGGAUGCAACACAUUUGAUCGUAGAUGAACAGGUAUUCGUGGACCCUGAUGAUGUUGUCGAUCCUGACGAAACACAGGGAGAGGACUCCUGGAUCACCAAGCGCUUGGCACGGCUUACACAGCGCGUCAAGCGCGCCAAAGCCCGCCAGGUGAUGAAGAUUGAAGAAGAUGCAGAUGGUACCCGUCAUGUUGAAUACACCUGCGUGCGGUACAUCUACAAUGAGGACACCCAAUCCUUCGUGCCGAUGGGCUUGAUCGAUCCCGAUCCGCAGGAGGCUCAUGCGAUCCUCGCCAGGGGUGGUUUGUCAGAGGAGUUAGCAGCAGAGACGCUGGCGGCCUGCGGUGACAACUCCAUCCACGUGCACGUCGCAGGUAUCCUGGAAGCGUUGGGAUCAGAAUUUUCGGAUUUCACCUACAUUUUCAACUCUAUUGGCACUUGGGCUUACAUUGCUUAUUCCACCUGGAACAUUGGCAGCGUAUGGCUCAUCAUGAUGCUGGGUUCUGGAAUCUACAGAGCUCUCUUCAUUGUUCGGCCGAAUCAAAAGAAAAUUGCCGAGAUGGCUGCCAUGAAGCAGAGCUGUACAGUGUUGAGGGAUAACAAGUGGAAGGAGAUCGACGUGUCGCAGAUUGUUUUGGGUGACAUUGUACAGGUUCAUGACGGUAACGAUGCCAAGCUGCCGUGUGAUGGCAUUCUGUUGCAGGGCAGCCUUAUCGUGAAUGAGUCAAUGCUCACAGGAGAACCAAUGCCAAUUGCCAAAGCCCCUGUUGAGAACAACACAAAUUUCCGAGUGACCGACAAAUUGAACAAGGCCUACGCUGGCACACUGGCGUUGGAGUCAACUGGGCCAGCUGAGGGCAAGUCGAUUCUGUACUGCACCAACGUGGGUGCUUUGACCACCAGAGGGCAAUUGGUUCGGAUGGUCCUCUUCCCCGCGAGUGUGAAAUUCAAGUACAAUGACCAGCUGCCCAUUGUGUACUCCAUCAUGUCAAUCUACAUUGCCAUUGUGGUCUUGGUGCUCAUUCUUUUGUCGGACAUCGGUUCCCUAGUGGCGACGUACCUUACAGUCUUGUGCACAGUGGCAAUGGCACUGAAUCCCAUGCUCCCAGUGUCGAUGGUCAUGGGCCAAUCCGUAUCUGCUGGACGGCUUGAUGACCCGAAAGGUGAUUAUCAUAUCAAGUGCCUUCAGCCGGGCAGGAUACCCAUUGCUGGGAAGAUUUCAACCAUGGUCUUUGACAAGACUGGAACCAUUACCAAGGCGGGGAUGGACUUCGCUGGCGUCUAUGGUGUGAGUGGCCAGCGAUUCUGUGAAAAGGUACAGUUCGAUGAUAUGGAUCCUGAAAGCCAACAGAACCGAAAUUUGAUUGACAACGCGCCGGGAGCCCAAGCGACUGACCUGAGAACUGCAUUGGCCACUUGCCACACAGUAAAGCAGCUGGGUAGCACAGGGGCUUUGGUUGGCAACCAGGUGGAAUGCGCCAUGGUCAGAACUGUCGGUUGGAGCUUGGGGAAGCAGGAGAUGACGUCUCCACAGGGAGAGGUGCUCCGCAUCGUGCGGGAGCUGGAGUUUGACCAUCACAGCAUGACAAGCGGAGCCGUGGUGCGAGACAGCAGCCAGCGGCUGGAAGUCUUCAUCAAGGGUAGCUACGAGAAGGUGAAGUCCUUGGCCUUGCCUCAGACUGUGCCUCCAGACUAUGACCAGGUCACCAUGCAAUGUGCCAAACAGAACUACUACACCUUGGGGAUCUCCAACAAGGAUUUGGGUUCGAUGUCCGACGAUCAGGUUCGCAACAUGCCAAGGGAGCAGCUUGAGCGCGACGUGAGCAUAUGCGGCCUCCUGUUAUUCCGCAAUGAGAUGAAAGCAGACUCCCCUGACGCCAUCGAAAGCUUGAAAGAAGGCUCUGUGCGCUCUGUGAUUUGCACCGGCGACAAUGAGCUUACUGGCAUAGCCAUUGGCAGGCAGGAAAAGUGGAAAGAGUCCAAACGUCUCACUGUCAUGAACCCUAAUCUUCUUCGUGCGCAAGAGGUCUCGCCUGAUUAUCCUGAUCCGCAUUGUCAAUUGGCGCUCACAUGUUCUGCCUGGCGAUAUUUAUAUGAGCAGAAGCAGGACUUGGAGCACCUAUGGGGUCGUUGUGUGGUCUUUGCACGCAUGAAGCCCGAUGACAAGAUCAAUGUCGUCAAGUAUUUGCAGGGCCGUGGCCUGGUUGUAGGCAUGGCAGGAGAUGGCGGCAACGACUGCGGCGGCCUCCGGGCUGCACAUGCCGGCUUGGCCCUCUCAGAUGCUGAGGCAUCAAUGGUUGCACCCUUCUCCACUGGAAGGCUGGGAAAAGGAGCUGCCAAGAACGACAUCUCAUUGACAACAGUCCCGGAUUUGAUCAGGGAAGGUCGAGCUUGCCUGGCCACGAACAUGGCAACCUUUAUGUAUUUCAUGGUCUAUGCCUUUUUGCUGACCACGUUGCGAACCUUUUACAUCGUCUUCUUGAAUAUCAGUCUGGGAGAGUGGGUGUGGAUGACCAAUGACAUCGGAGUUGGUGUUAUCAUGAUGUUCUUCAUGACACAAAGCUGGGCAAAGCCAACAUUGGCGAAAUAUCGACCCACCGCAACCUUGCUGGGCUUGCGCACCAUCUCAGGUGUCAUGGUCCCAUAUGGUUUGGGCUGCAUUCUGCUCGCACUCCUAACUGUUAUUCUGCACAGCACUGCUUGGUAUGACCCCUUGAAUCCAAACUGGAUUCACGUGCUUCCAAAGGAUUGGAUGAAGAAGGGGGACAACUAUGACAGUGCCAUUGGGGUUUUGAUCCUUUUCAUCGUGCUCAGCACAACUGCCUACGUGAACACCUAUGGAGGCGAUUUCCGCCGAGCCAUUUGCAGAAACGUGGGCAUAAAUAUAAUGUAUGCACU